AUGAACGAGAAGGAAAAAUGUCAAUUUGGUCAAGGCAAGGUGUACUAUCUCGGCCAUGUAAUUUCCAAUACUGGGGUUGCCGUUGAUCCUGAUAAAAUAACAGUGAUGCAAGGAUGGCCUAAGCCUAAAACACUAAAGGCCCUAAGAGGUUUCCUCGGGUUGACUAGGUUGAAGGAAACAAUGACAAAAGCUCCAAUGUUGGCUUUGCCUGAUUUUUCAAAACAGUUUAUUGUUGAAUGUGAUGCUAGCGGAUCAGGAAUUGGAGUUGUCCUAAUGCAAGUCCAGUAG